AUGGCUACUUUAGAACAGCCUACAGGCGCAAGCCCCGAUUCUCCAUCGACCGUGGAAGAAUUUACUCCUACUUUCUACAUCGGUCAUCAUGAGUCCAGGCGGCCAUUGCCUGUCACGGAUUUUACUCUGCGACAGGCUCAGGAUGUGGGGUACGAUAUGCUCACGAGUCCCAUAACUAGUCCGCAUUUCCAUUCACGGGUAUUGGCUCUAGUCUCGUCUUAUCUAUCCGAAGUUUCACAACUAGAGUCGGCAGGAAAGCUCACGACAAAGAGCCUUCCGCCUAUUCCAAUUAUUCCUCCUUUAAAUCCAGUUGAUACGCCCCUGGCACCUUCCAACACGCUCUCUCAGAUUAUUGCAUACACUAGCCCAUGGAUAGAUUUAUGCUCUCCCGAUCCGUUGAUCUCCAACAUCUCGCGCCAGGUUUUGAACAUCGAAAUAGCAUAUGCUUCCUUUUGCGGUGUUGGCCAUGUCAUCAUAUCUGGGCCGAGAAACUAUAGCAUGGGAACUGGAGAAGAUAAUGGCCUCAUCCAGUACGCCCGCGUAAUACAGGAAGCGCUCACUAUAGGCUGCUAUAUCCAGAUAGCAAUCCAGUUGCCCAUGUACGGACACGAAGAGGCGAAGGAUCUGACAGGCGACCUGCAACCAUUUGCGAGAGAUCAGUAUUUGACGGCAAGCCAGAAGGCAAAUUCGGACAUUGGCUUGUUUGGGACAUGGGACGCAUGGAAUUUUAUUCGCACUGUAUCUCUUGGAAUCCCCCGCCAACUUCCGGUUGAUGCACUACAGUCUCGCUGGUUUGCAGAGCCUUUACGGCUGUUGUCAUUUUCAGCAUCCACAUUUCUUAAAAAUAAAGGUGGCCACCCAGUUUUGAGUAAGAGUCAUCAGAACCUUAUAUCGAGAUACAUGCGAUUAAAACAAACUCCCUGGUUUUUGCUCUCCGAUGUUGGGCCUAUUCCUGGUCUAGACAGUUCAACGCAGCUUACAGACGUUGCUGAUGGCUUUCCAUCUCCUAGCGCCGUAGCAGAUGCAUCUAGAUCAGUUUCAGCCUCGCCAACUCCUGCGGAAUCUACGGAAUUUUCGUUGAAAGAUCCCAAUAAACCGAAGCCUAAGUUGAAGGACCCUGCAGCACAUCUGAUCUACAUGAGAUACCUCCAAAGAAAUCAACCGCCUAAAUCCGCUAUUGAGAGGUUCGGAAUGGGCUAUCAAGAUUAUCUUCAAGCUCCCCUUCAACCGUUGACUGAUAACCUGGAGUCUGUUACAUAUGAGGUCUUCGAAAAAGACCCAGUAAAAUAUGACUGGUAUGAACGUGCAAUUGCACAAGCACUUUCCGACUGGGCUCGGCAGAACAAGCCAACCUCAAGUCUAUCUAGUGCGGUAGUGAUUGCUGUUGCUGGCUCCGGGCGGGGCCCCUUGGUUACACGGGCUCUGAGAGCAAGUCAAACUACGGGGGUCCCUGUUGAAGUCUGGGCCGUCGAAAAAAAUCCAAAUGCAUAUGUGCUUCUUCAGAAACAUAACGAAGAGGACUGGGGUGGAGUGGUCAAUGUGGUCAAGAGCGAUAUGCGCGCCUGGGCAGGGCCACAUCACAACCAUAAAGCUGUAAUAGGGCAGGCAAUCGCCAACGCCUCGAGCAUGGCAUCGUCUUCGCACGGUAAAGUCGAUAUCCUUGUUUCGGAACUCCUUGGUUCAUUUGCCGAUAACGAGCUUUCGCCGGAAUGUCUGGAUGGUGUUCAACAUGUACUCGCGCCCGAGUUCGGUAUUUCUAUACCAAGCUCCUACACCGCCCAUCUCACCCCAAUCCUCUCUCCGCGCCUACAUGCCGAUAUUUCCCAUCGAGCAGAGAGCGACCCCACCGCCACGGAAACGCCUUAUGUCGUCAUGCUACACGCGAUCGACUACCUCGCAAGUCCUGUGCCUGAUCAUCCCCGCAUUCAACAGGUGUGGGAGUUUGUCCAUCCUCUUCCAGCAAGUACGCUCGCCAUUGCAGAAGCUAGAAGAAGGGGUGGAGUCAGCGGAGGAGGCGGCGGAAGCAUGUCAGGAGGUGACGGCGCGAAUGAACACAACAGUCGUUAUUCCAAGCUAAAAUUCGUGUGUAGAGACCGGGGUGUAGUAAAUGGUUUGGCAGGAUACUUCGAAGCUGUUCUCUACGAUGGUGGAGAGCAAGGGCAAGUUGAAUUGAGUACAAGGCCUGAUACUAUUGAUGCUAAAAGCAAAGAUAUGAUCUCUUGGUUCCCAAUCUACUUUCCCCUCAAGACACCUCUUUAUUUCCCUGAUGAUUCGGAACUGGAAGUCAGUAUUUGGAGGCAGACUGAUGACAGGAAGGUGUGGUACGAAUGGACAGUGGAGGCAUUCGUAAUGGUCGGGCCAGACAAGAGAAUGAGAUUGGGAAUGAGUGAGGUUGGAAAUAGCAGAAAAGUAGGAUGCCUUAUGUGA